UCAUCUAUGGUGUUUCUAACAGGGCAGGAGGAAUACAAACCUAACUGGAGAAACAGUACCGGAAAAUUUCUAGUUGCAAUUAUUGGAGCAGGAGGAUCAACUAUGACACUGGCCGUUGCAAGAAAUCUAGUGUUGAAAUUUGUACCUCAGGUAGUCUAUGCUUCUUCUUCUUCUGUUCUUACUGAUCUGUCUCAACAUGGAAAUCUUGUUCGCACAAUACCCAAUGAUAACUUCCAGACUGAUGCAAUUGUGAAUCUCAUUAGACACUUUGGUUGGGUCUGGGUAGGUGCUAUUGCAGGUGAUGAUGACUAUGGAAAACAUGGAGUAAAAUCAUUUAGGAAAAAAUUUGAGAGUGCCAACCUCUGCCUUNCCUUCUCUGAAACCAUUCCCAAAGUCUACUCCAAUGAGAAAAUGCAAAUAGCUGUUGAUGCAGUAAAGAGUUCCACUGCCAAAGUCAUUGUGCUUUUUGCAACUGACAUUGACCUCAGUCCCUUUGUGCUGGAAGUGAUUCAUCAUAACAUAACAGACAGGACAUGGAUAGCCACCGAAGCCUGGAUUACCUCAGCUCUAAUUGCAAAGCCUGAGUAUUUUCCCUAUUUUGGUGGAACUAUUGGAUUUGCUAUACCGAGAAGUAUUAUACCAGGAUUAAAAGAAUUUCUUUAUGAUGUACAUCCUACCAAAGAUCCAAAUGAUGUAUUGACCAUUGAAUUCUGGCAAACUGCUUUUAACUGUACCUGGCCCAAUAGCAGUGUGCCUUACAAUGUGGACCACAGAGUGAAUAUGACAGGUAAAGAAGACAGACUGUAUGACAUGUCUGAUCAGCUCUGCACUGGAGAGGAGAAGCUGGAGGAUAUGAAAAAUACCUAUCUGGAUAUAUCACAGCUAAGAAUCACAAACAAUGUCAGACAAGCUGUGUAUGUUUUGGCUUAUGCAAUGGAUAAUUUAAGCAAGGCUGACAUAACAGAACAAUAUAGGGAAAAUAUAGUAUGUCCAGUUAUACCUGACUUUGAAUCUGNNNAGCUACUUACAUACAUAAGCAAAUUAAAAUUUACUACCCAUGAUGGAAGAAAAAUACAGUUUAAUUACAAUGGAGAGAUAGAAAACGGAUAUUAUGAUAUCCUCAAUUGGCACAUGGAUAACACUGGAGAAGUUGCCUUUGUCAAGGUUGGAGAAUACAAAUUCACAAGAUCAACAUAUGAACUUGUUCUUCCAAAGAACUCAUCAUUGUUUUGGAACACUGAAUCCUCAAGGCUUCCAGACUCAUUUUGCACAAAAGUGUGUCCUCCAGGGACCCGGAGGGGAUUUCUCCCAGGACAACCCCUAUGCUGCUUUGAUUGUAUUCCAUGUGAGGAUGGAUAUGUGUCAGAGAAACCAGGUCAAAGGCUAUGUAAUCCAUGCAGUGAAGAUGACUGGUCCAAUGCAGAGAAGAACAAGUGUGUUCCGAAGCUUGUGGAAUUCCUCACUUAUGAGGAGGCUCUGGGGUUCACCUUCAUCAUUCUUUCCAUAUUUGGGGCACUUGUGGUCUUGUCAGUCACUGUUGUGUAUGUGAUCCACAGGCACACUCCAUUGGUGAAAGCCAAUGACCUGGAGCUGAGCUUCCUCAUUCAGAUGUCUCUGGUCAUCACUGUGCUGUCAACCAUUCU